GGAAGAGGAGGAGGAGGAGGCUCUGGGCCUGUCGUAGCUGCAACAACGCGGAAGAGGAGACGCAGGAGGAAGAGGAGGCUCCACGUCACGGAGGUGUGUGAUAUUGUCGUCAGCGCCUCCACAAGGUGCUUCCUCUGCGCGGCUCCGGGACAUUAGCACCGGGACAGGAACCCUCGUGUCGCCCCUGACAGCUCGGACGUGUCCGCGGAGAGGAGAUCCACAUUCCGCCGCCUCUCGCACCCAGCGGCCUCGGCAGACUCUCUGGGAAUCCGCGGAAGCGUACUCCACUGCCUCAGCUUCUCAAUGGGUGAAUCCGGCUCUCGUCGCUCCACACUUGUUUCCCGCCUGCCAAUCUUCCGCCGCAGCAACAGUAAGAGGCAGGAUUCUCUGCCCUCCUCUCCCUCUUCAGGUGGAGUGGGAAAUGGUGUCCACACUUCCUCGCCCUCCAGCACUAACUCCAGUUCUGGCAGCACAGGGAAACGCCGGAGUCUCUUCCGCACUCCAUCUCUUAGUUUUACGAGUAAGCGGAACAGUGAACCCCGUGUGCAGCCAAUCAACCUUAACCUCACUCCUCCACUGACACAGAGCACUGACGCAAAUGGAAAUAACCAGCAGUCGAUAACAUCGUCAGUGUCGACAGGGUUCAGUGAUGGAGGCGGACGACCCAAGUCGCGCCACUCGUUUGGGUUCGGCAGCCACAAGCAGAAGAAAAUCACACGUUCUAAGACGGAGGAUUUUGAGAAAGGAUCCUCUUCCUCCUCCACAGCCAAUCGAAAUGUGUUCAUAAACUGCAUCAGUGGCUCAGGGGUGAAUGAGGGGGACGACUCCGGGUUCCUCGAUGACUACAGCGGUGGCAGUAAUAACAAACGCUCGUCACGCCAGAAGAAGCAGCUGCUGCCCAAGUCUUUCUCGGCUCACCACCGCUUCUCGCGCAACUCUGAUCACCACAGACCUCCAGAGGUGAAACUGGAACCUCCCAGCUCCACCGCCACCACCACUCCCACCAUCACUCCGGGGGCAGGGGGACUCACGCCAGGGUCAUGGCCAGGCGAGUUGCUCGGAGCCAGUGGCGAGAGCUCACUCCAGUCCCCUAUGAUAUCAGAAGAUCGAACUACAGCCAUCACCCCUUCAGAGUUCGUCCCCAUCACAGAGGAUUCUGUAUCGGAGGUGGAUGCUCUGCCAGCUCCCAGCCCCGGGUCUGCUUUAGCCCCUGGGCCUGUGUCUGUUCCUGAGCCGGCUACUGACCCAGCUCCACCUGACCUGCCAUCUGUUCCAGAGAGCUUCAGCCUGGCGGUCUCCACCUCCCAGGUUUUUUUCACUCCGGCUCAGUCCAGCACUGAAAAGCCAUUACUCCCCGACACCAGCACAGCCAACAACACGGACUAUGAGACUGCCAUUUCCCUUUCUGAGCCCGAGACAGCUGUACUCUGCCUUCCUCUGCCCGAACAAUCACUGGAAGAGAGGAAGGAGAGGGAGGAGGAGCGAAAGGAAGCGAAGAAAGAGGUGUCAGCAGAGGAGAGGAAGAAGAAGAAGAAGGAGGUGGUGGAGGUGAGGAAGGCGGGGUACCUCACAGAGACCACGAGCGAGAGCGAGGCAGGCGGGGUGCGCAGCGAGGGUGGUCCCUCCAACCCAGAUCCCCCGGACAGGCGGGUGAGACACACGCUUUCGGUGCAAGAAAGAGGAAAGUUCUGCGGCUGCCACGAACCCAGGCCGUCUCACUUGAGGAAACCACACACAGCCUCUAUGUGCAGCAGCGUCAGCCCCUACCAUGAGGUGAUGAGGAUGGAGCGGCGUCUGCGCUCCUCGUCUGAGGGGGCGGGUGGGCCUCGUAUCCCAGGCAACCACAGGGAUGCCCCGGGCAUGGAGGGAUGUGGUCUGCUCAAACACCGAAACAACUCUUCCUCAUCAAAGCUGGGAAGUCUGGACUUUUUAAACAACCUGGGCUCCUCAGAGCUGGAUGAAGAUGACCUGAUGUUAGAUCUGGACCUCUCUGACGAUCAGCGCCAUCGACACGUGUCCAGAGAAGACUCCAGCCAGUCCCUGGCCUCCUGUCUCAACCUGCUGCCCUCUCCCAUGGACCCAUCAGCAGACCGCAUCCCUGGGAAAGAAAACAAUCAGAGGGAGCCCAACCGUCCAACUACCCUGCUGCCUGCCGACUGGAGCUCGGGGCUGGGUUUUGGGAGGGAAGACGAGUCCUUACCCCCAGGGCUGGAAGCGCUUCCACUGCGACUGAUGCAGCAGGACUGUACGGCUGUCAAAACCCUGCUUUUAAGACUUAGACGCACACUGCAGGAGAGCGCAGAGACGAGUCCUGCCAGCAGCCUCCAGUCUCUACCUAUCAGCCCUUGCAGUGAAAAGUCCCUUCCGUUCAAGGAUCCCGGCAGAGAGGAGGCCUUGUUGCAGCAACUGAGGGAGAAAGACGAGCUGAUUCUCCGACUCCAGAGUGAACUGGAGAAUGCCAAAGCUGCCCUGAAGAUGAAAGACCGCCAAAUGACUGACCGUGUAACACAGACCGAGCACAUAGGGCCAGAGACCAAUCAUCCAGGCCGGUGGUCAGGACUAGGCAGCAGCAGCAGUCUGGCCCCAAGGGACCGAAGGGUAGUGCGGGUUGUGGGGGCAGCACUCGCAGGGGACCUGUGUAACCAGCACGUCCUCCAUCACCAUCCACCUCUGCACGGCCACCCUCCUGCCUCAGAGCGACACACUGCCAGGGAAGAGCGCCACUGCCAUGGGGCACUGGCGCAGUCUUCAGCCCGUCACCCAGCAUCAAAUCUGGCUACAGGCUCCUCCAGCCUGUCCCUCGCCGCCACCGCUGUGUCAGCCCUAGCCUCACCUUGUACUCCAGCUCAGCUCCUAGUGUCACACCCGGGGCCCAGUCCAAAUCAAUGCCCGGGCUCCGGAUCGGCAGCCGCUAAUCUCACCAUGAUUCCAUGUCUGUCCUCCAGGAUGCCAGAGGGGGUGUCCUCCUCUUCUGAGUCCCUAACUGUAGGAGGAGGAGGAGGAGGAGGAGGAGGAGGAGUGAGUCUGUCAGGUGGAGUGAGGAGAGCAGGAGGAGAGCACCACCCCCCCAGCCAUAUUCCCCGCGCAGUCAUGGCCAGCGCCUCCUCGAGCCUCCACAGCCUCGCGGGCAGGGGAAGCCCCUCGCCAAGCGUCUCGUCGUCCGACCAAGCCUCCCCUCCCCCUCCCACACCUUCCUCUGCCUCCUCUUCGUCCUCCUCGUCCACCACAUUUACGGGUCGUUUAGGACAGCCACCUCGAGGCCCUCUGUCCCUGCAUAGCUACAGUCGUAAAAAUGUCUUCCUCCAGCAUUCCCUACACACUGCCGAGCUGCAAGCUCUGACACAGCGAGACAGUUGAGAGGGCUCAAACCUUUACGCUCUCCCCCCUCAACCAUAAGCAGCCACAUUAUUGACUCAAGUGACAAAAUGUGUAACUUUAGAGAAACACCGCUGCUCCUUCGGAACGAGUCUCUUGAAUUUCACUGUCUCCGUUUCUCCGACACUUGAACAGCACAUAGUUAUAGUCCCUGCUGUUUCUCUUCACUUUGCUCAUAAAACCCUUCGCUGACAUUUUGUUCGUAGGCCUGCUCACUUAAACACACGAUCAUUCGCAGGUGCACACACGCAGGCUACGAGUGUGAAAAAGGCACUCACCCGUCUAUCAGAACUCCCACAUAGUGUCAUGCUGACAAUUUAGAUGUGCUUACGCCCACAGACACACAAAGUGCAGCCCAGAGACUCACAACCCUUCCACAGAGACACACACUUACACUCUCAGGCAGAUAUCUCCACUUAUAUCUCUGCUUCACAAUCUGUACAAACAGGGUUUUCAAACCAGGACAGACACGUGAGGUUUCUAUUUGUUUGUGCUUUUGUUGAUGAGAUUUAUUUUUUAUUCCUUGAUGUUAAUCAUUUUUACCAGUUUAAACCAUGAGCUGCUUAAGGAACUAUGGGAAAUGACCGUAGUGUGUGCUUGUAAGGAUUUAUUCUCACCUGGCCAAAACCCAAGUCAGAUCCACUCCACAUUCCUUAAUGUCCACUUAGGAGCCAUCUGCAUCCACUACCCUCUUACAGCAUGCUUUUUUAAAUGUAAGGGAAAUACAGGUGGGACUUUUCUACUGUAACAACAGCGGGGUCCGGGGUCUUUUGAUAAUCUUUCAGUAUCAACUCUCACCUCAGUGUUUCAAGAAGGGAAUCGAACAUGCUACGACCUCGAAGAAAUGUGCUUUGAGAACUUGUCGAUCCCACAUAACUAAGAGAUCACAUGCUCUCUCAGAGUAACUGGACCACUGUUUUUAAAAGAAAGCAAUGUUGCCCCAUUAUAUACAAUAAUUAAUAUGUGUUUGCAAUGUUAGAAUAGUACGGUACAAAUUUAUCAAUUCACCCCUAUGAUUACAACACUAUUCUGAAUUAUUAUCACUGCAGACUUGUCGAACAAGAUCAAAACAAAGAGAAGAAGGAUUUGAAAUCUGGAACAACCAGCAUUGUGUAUGUUUUUCCAAAAUGUACGUGUGUGUGUGUGUGUGUGCCGGGUUUUUGAAAGAAGCUCUUCAAACUCUUCUUUUAGGGCUGGGUAUCGAACAGGGAUACACACCUGUGCUUUGUUAAAUGUCAAUACCAAUUUUUAGGAAUACAGAGGGAACAAAUGUGUCUCAAAUCAUGGCGUUAUAUUUCCUUCACAGAUUUCACAUCAUCAAGUUAUUAUGGAAUUAAUUGCCAGGAGUCUGAUUGUGUUUGGCCAAGAAAGCUGACAGAAAACUGAUCUCGUUCGAAUGCUCGAAAGAAAAUAAACUGAAGAAGUGAUUUUAUAAUAUAUCCCAUUUUGAAAAAGCACCAGCACUGAGUUUUCCACUGAUACCCAGUCCCUGAAGGAUCUGCUUUUGUCCUGAUCUCAGAUGUGUUGGUUUAUCUUUUUGAAAACUGACCUAACAAGAUGGUGUUUGGUAAAAUAAGGCGGGAAUAUUGUUCUAGACAGUGGGACACAUAUCUUUUGAGUAAGAUUUACAUAGACUGUAACUGCCAUGACCUGCUGAGUCGUACAACUUCAUUCACGUUAGACGUUUCACAAUUUAACAAGUGAGGAAAUCCAUCAGGACCUUCUCAAUCUGAGCAAUGAAUAUACACUCACCAAUCACUUCAUAAGCAGCACCAUGCUAAUGUUGGAUAUUGCCGUCUCACGAGAUGUUGGAAACACUCCUUUGAGAUUCUGGCUCAUGUUGCAUCACAUCAUUCCUGCGGAUUUGCCAUUCACCUGCUCAACCGCAUCCCAAAGGUGUUGUGCCUAAUCCAGACAUAUUGAUCCUGGAGGUGAUUAAAGUACCUGAUUGUCUGCAUUGUGAAAAGAGUGUGAGACAACCUGCUCUGUGAAGUUGUGCAUCAUCAAGCUGGAAGUAGCCGUUAGAAGCUGCUAAGUUGUGGUCAUAAAUGAAUGCUUGUGGUCAGCACCAACACUCAGUUACCAGGCUGUGGCUUUCAAACUAGGAUUGAUCGGUUUUAAGAUUUUCAGAGGGUGCCAAGAAAAUAUUCCCCCCCCUCACCAUUUCAGCACCGCCACCACCAGCCUGACGGUUGACAUGAGGCAGGCUGGGUCCACGGAUUCUUGCUUCACGCCAAAUUCUGCAGAAAUUGAGAUUUAUCAGUAAAGGGGACAUUUUCUGCUCUUCAGCGAGACUGUGCCUAGUGCAGAUUUCUUGGCUGAGGGCAGAUGGACCCAACAUUGUGUUGAAGCCCAUCCACCUUAAGGUUUCACAGGUUCAUUCUGAGAUGAUUCUCUGAGUAACUCCAGCUCUGUCAGCUCCAACCAGUCUGGCCUUUCUCCUCUGAACCCUCAUUAACAAGGCGUUUCUGAAGACAGGACUGUUUCUGUUUCCUGCUAAAUUUCAAAUAAACUCGAUCAACAGUUUUAGAAAUACUCAAACAUGCCUGAUUCCAACAAGUCAUGACACGGCCAAAGUCCUGAACAUCCCAUUCCCUCUGACCUGAUCGAUUUGAAGCUCCUGACCUGUAUUGCAUUAUCGCAUGAGGUGUGUAGGUGUUUCCUAUACAGUGAUUGGUGAGUGUACACAUGCUGCUGAACUGAGUAAACCGUCAAACGCUCCUUUCUUUCACCCACUGGCUUCUGGUCAAAUCUGAUAAUGCUGAGCGGGGGGUGGGGUCCUGCCCCGCUGCCGGGUGCAGGCCAGACGUUCACUGCUCUCGGCAUCCACACAAAAUGUUAGGUUUGGGAUAAACUGUGAGUGGUGGGGGGGGCGAGUGUGUGUUGUAAAGCACACCUCAUGAGGUGAGGAGCUGGUAGAGGUGAAGAAAAGCCCUAAGGAAGCCGGCCCUGAUCCCACUGGUGAAAGCUACCCAGUCUCCAUCUGGUCUUUUUCCUCACCCUUUCUCUUUUUGUCCUUAUUUUUUCUCCACCUCAAUUUGAUUCCAUCUCUAUCCUCCUCCAAUCUCUCCCUGUCCAUUUCCCUCCUGUCUCCCCAGCAUCUUUCUUUGUUGCAUUCAAACUCACUGUUGUUCUUUUCCUCCUUUUCAGCCUGUCAUCCUGCUCUCCCCCCCCCCCGUGCAUCGUGUCCCAGGUCCCUCCUUCCCCCCGUCUCUACCCUGCUUAGCCUACUUCUACCCAGAGCCUGUAUUCUCAUAUAGUCGGUGUCCGUCACAGACUCUGCCGGAGCAGCUCUCGGUCCCGGGCGCUGGGACCAGCAGCGCCGCCGAUUCCCAUUCCAGUUUUCUAAUUAGAGAGUAAUUUUACACCUGCUGAAUGCAAUGAGCUCCCUGGUCGAGUAGAGGGCCGGCAGCGAUGUGGCUCCCGAGGACCUGGCCUCCGAGCAGGCGCUGUAAUGUGAACUAAAUACCCCCUGUUAGCUUUGUUUACAGGUGGAGGGAAUAGUUCUUGUUCCGCCGGCCGACCUCUAAAGAAAAUCUAUUUACAUCCUUCAUCAAUGCCUGUGUCGCAGGUGAAAAGUCAUAAGGGAGUGUUCGGCUCUGUUUGCACUGCUCGCUCACACUUUAUUCCUCCGCCGUGUUUGCUUCAGCUACUGUCAGGUAUCAUGAGAGGAAACGGCCACUUCUGAGAAGGCAGAUCCGAUGUGGGAGCUGUCGUCUUUCUGAGACGUGUUUCCCUUUGCAACCGCUGCAGUGGAACGAUAUUGAAUUUCACUGCUGGGAAAACAAGGGUCAACAAACCUCAGCUCUUUUGUUUACUGAGCCACGUGUUGUACAUUCACUGUUAUUUAUUGUUUCUGCCUUAUUUAUAUUUUGGACAUAGACAAGUUUCCUAAAAGCAUCUUGGCACUAACUAAUGAAGCUAGUUGUCAUGAUAAUAAUCAUGGUGGAAAUUAUAUAACAAAUUCUGAUGAUAUUACUAUGAUUUUAAUGAAUCACCGAUACUCUACUGUUUUUUAUGUGCUUACUGUAACUAGGAUUUUUUUUUCUGUAAUAAAGAAUGAAUUGUAUAACUGUACAUAACUUAUUGAUAAUGUUGAUGUUGACACUGAAUAAUUAGGGUUGACAUACAUUGUUCGUUUGGCACUUAAGAGAUUAAAACUUGACAGAAAGGUUUAAGAUAUGUUUUUCAUUGAUUAAUGUUAAAUGCAGUCGGAGGUCUGGGCUAUUACCAAAGCAUCUCAGGCUGUAGUUACACAUCACAAACAAAGGUGAAAAACUGAAAGACUCUAAUGUUGAACUGAGUUCCCAUGCUAAAUUUACAUGUAAAGGCCAGUCGACUCCGAGUCCCCUUGAUUUUAUCCCGCUGUGCCCGUCCCCCUUAAAAUCCAGCCUUUGCACUAUGACUUUGAAAGACUUGACUUUCCCAACUUUUGCCGAACUGUGCCAGAAUUGUGAUGAUUGAUAAUCUAUUAAAGAUGUUCUUUUUCUUCUGCGUCUAAGUAUAUGAAACUGUUGGGUAGAGAUUCAUACUGUGAGCCCCUGACCAGCGAUAAGCUCAUAACCAGCUCACAUAUUCAUUAGGGAUAAUCCAUCCCGAACAAAAAACUGUCUGAUGGGUUUAUUUAUGAUCCAAAAAAAAAAAACUUUCAGUGUGUGUUCACCCAAAGUAUUUCUCCUCAGUUUCUGUCUGAGAUUGUUUUUGUCACUCACAGUUGUUUGUUCACAUGAGAAAUGUCCUAUCAAAAGAUUCCUGUCCACUCUCUGCUUAUUGUUAAUAUUUAAUACAAAUAAAAUAGAUGAAAACAU